CUUACAGGGAACAAAAUGAACGAUGAGACUGACAAGAAUGGCAUCUGAUGCAACGACAAGGAGAGCGAGAAUCCAAAAGUAUCUGGUGUCUAAGAACAAUGAACGUAUUCGGUCAGCUUGCAAGUGGAGAGUGGUCAUCUCUAAUCUGGAACGUGGCACCUUGCUCUCGCGGUCAAAAAGUGAAACAAUUCAACAAAGUCCGGAGCACCGGCCCUGAACUCCUUUCAAUCCUUGCGCAAUGCAACGUCGCCAUCCCUUUCCCGACACUUACCCUGAAUUCUCAAUAUACAAAUCCAAGGGCUUUCACGAAUAUCGUAUAGAAAAUACACGAAAGCAUGGACCCUUUGAGAAUAGUGGCUAUAGGUGGUGGCCCUGGCGGGGGACAUUAGAAAUGGGUCUAUUAUCUAUACUUGGGCGAGUCGCAGUGAAUGCGAAUUGGAGUUACUUUGCAAUUGCUAUCCCUACUAUUCUUUUUCUAUGGUACAAGUGCUCACAGGUCGUCUCCGAGUCCAUCAUUGUCAUUCCACCGCAUGGUGUCCAACUCGAGACGCGGUUCGGAUUUCAAACCUUGACUCUAAAUGUUACUCGGCGAUUCAUUCCUCUGUCUACUCUUCGUGAUGUGGUCAUCAACGAGGGUCUUUAUGGCUGGAAUGUACGCUAUUACCUUGCUGCAAUUGUUCAAGACAGGUCCGGAGCUACAUCUGUGGCAGUUAUUUUCGAGAACAUUUUGCCACAAUUUCCUGUCCUUCUGGAGAUUUACAAAAGUGUUCAUGGUGUAUUGUCAAAUGCAUCAUAAAUUAGACCAACGUAUUUAUACCUGGGUAUAAGCAUGCUUUUUAAAGCAG